GGAGGUCGAAUGGUAUCUAUAUAGAAUUACCUUGUAGCAUGAACUAUCAAAACGUUUCAAAUCCUAACCUUUUAUCAUAAGUUUGUUUCAUACGUUUAAUUUGUUAGAAAGUCUUCAUGUGAUUUUGACCACAAAGAAUAUGCCACUCUGGCGUGUUGGCUUGGUUGUUUCGCGUUAUCCCGCUUGCAGGCCCGAAAGCAGCACCUACAUACCAUUGAAUAGGCACCAGAACGACUAAUAUGUGUUAAGCUGUCGUUCUGACACGUAUGUUAAUGUCGUAUUCACGCCACGGCCACGACCACUUCACCAACCCAUAAGAAAAAAAAAUACCAAUAAGAUUGAUGCGGUGAUUGUCACUUGGGUUGUCUAUGAAUGCUCUGUUGCAUUUUUGAAAGGAUUAGGGAAAGAUAUAUAAACUCUCGACUGAACGCCGUGUUGAGGAUAUUUGUUGGGGCCCUGCCAUCAAUUAACGUAUUGUUUGACUUCUUUUCGAAUUGGCAAUCCCAAGUAGUAAUAACAUUUAUUCUUAAACAAAAAGCUACACUGGCCACGUUUAAGUUUCAUUUAAAUGCUUAUCGAAGUUUAACUUAAUGCCUGGUAUUGCGUUGUGCGCUCAUUAUUAUUUUGUUCUAUUGAAAAGAUGAAACCAUUAUGUGAAAAACCAAAGAAAACAUUAUAUAAUCAUUCAACUGUUGCGUCUGUUUUUAAAGAUACCACUCCACCACAACUGAUGUGUCCAAACGGAAUUACGUAUGGUGAAAUAGAACCAUUUCAGAUUUACAGAAAAGUUUAUUGGAAUGAGCCCUCGGCGAAAGAUGAUAGAGAUGGAUACGUAACCGCCAAGAGAAUGUACGGUCGACCGUCAGGGAGUCGUUUUCCUGAAGGGUGGACAGAAGUUAGAUACGAGGCAAAAGACAGACGAGGAAAUCGUGCAACAUGUACCAUGCAAAUACAUAUACAAAUUGUCAGAUGCAAGCCCGAACCAAAGGAGUUGGAAAAUGGUUAUUUUAUAUGUCAUCCAAGCACGGAAUUUGUAUUAGGAGCGUGGUGUCAAUACGGAUGCUACGAUGGAUAUGAACUAAUUGGUGAAAGCGUCAGAGUUUGCCAAGAGAACAACGAAUGGUCGGGCAGUCACGCUCCUUCAUGCAGCGCUAUACGAUGUCCUAAGCUUCAAAGUUUAGAGGGUGCAGGAUUACCAUCAUGUACAAACGCGAACUAUUUCCGUAGUGUCUGCACUUACAAUUGUAAGAUACCCGGUUUUGAUAUGCCACAAAAUGUUGCAAAGGCUAUCGUGUGCUCCAAUAAUAAAUUAUGGAGGAACAGGAGAACCAAAAUGUUUAGACGUAGAACCACCACAAUUUGAUACUUGCCCAAGCAUCGUGGUCUCAGGAACUGAUAAAGGCUCGAACACAUCAAGCGUUUCUUGGCCAAAACCAACUGCAAUUGACAACAGCAAUGGCAAAAUAAAUGUCAUGAUAAGUCGCGGCCCUGGACCUGAGUCUAAACUAUAUCCCGGCCGCUAUGAAAUUGAGUAUGUAGCGAGGGAUAAAGCUGGAAACAAGGGAAGACCAUGCAGAUUCAAUGUCAUUGUACGAGAUAUAAAAUGUUCAAGAAUUUAUCCAACUCCAUACGUAAGGGUUAUAUGUCCGCAAGGGUAUAAAACCGGAUCACUUUGUGAUAUUGAGUGCGAGCCAGGAAAUUUACUGAAAGGCAGUGAUAACGUAACAUGCGAAGAAAGUAAAAAUGGACUAUUUGCUUAUUGGAACUGGCAAAACGGAACACAAUCGACAUGUAAAAAUACAUUGAAAUGCACAAUGAUCAACCCUCCCAGAAAAGGGGGCAGUUGUAUGCGAUAACUGGCUUGGUGGCACGUUCUGUCAGGGACAAUGCAGAAGCGGAACGGAAAUGCCAAAUGUUGAUCUAACAAAACUGUACGUUUGUUCCAGGGAAGUAAAAUGGGAUCCAACGCCGCAGUUUAAACCUUGCAAAACUACCGAGCAUGCAUAUUCUCUCAGGGUAACGUUACUUGCCGAGUGUUUCUACAGUGGUGAUUGUAAAGACAAAUCAACACAACAACAAAUUGCAAACAAUUUUAUUCAACAGAUGCGAUCAAACCAUUUGUUUCAACCAGAGGCAUGUCCUGAUGACAGCCAAUGCAAUGUCGACGGCGUCCAGAUAUUUUGUGGAUCAACCUCUCGACGAAAGAGAGACGUUGCCACCAAUGGUUCAAAUGAUCUGAUGCAACACCGACUAUCGAUCGAAAUCACAUUGAAAAUGAAACCGACAGAAAACAUAAUUGUCUUACAAAAUCAGCGCCAAAACCUGAUUAAUAGUUUAGGCGAACUUAUGGAAAGCAAACGUGAUGAAGUGUUUGGUGAACAUACUGCAUCGUCUUUUAAUAUCAGCAGUGGACCUGUGAAAAUAAUGUGUACAGAAGGUUCCGUUAACUCCAUAGAAAGUUUAAGAUGUAUUGAAUGUCCGGAGGGCACCUACUACCAAAAGCGUGUAUACGACAUGGAUCCCACCUGUAUUCUAUGUCCAAAGGGAACUUUCCAGGCUGAAAGUGGUCAGUCGGUAUGUAAGGCAUGCCCUGAAGGGUUUUCGACAAACUCAAAAGGAUCUACGCAAUUGUCAGAUUGCAAAGUUGCAUGCAGUCCAGGGACAUUUUCUCAAAACGGAUUAGAACCAUGUUUUCCUUGCGAUGUUGGUCAUUACCAGCCAUCGCAUGGGCAAGUCAUGUGCAGACGAUGUUUGGAUUCUAAAUCAACGCUCACAUUUGGGGCAUCCAGUCGCGCUGAUUGCCAAGAGUUCGAUAUAAUUUUCAACGGGAACAGCAGUGUCACCAGUAUCAUACAGAACCUCACAAGUGUCUCUGAUUUGACGAUGAACUUUUGGAUUAAAGCUAAUUCUGAUUCAACAGAGUUUGAAAUACAUUUUGAGGAUGAAAUUGGCAUUAUUAUUUGGGAAAUCCGUAAUUUUAGUGAAGUUUGUCAUAAUAAAAUAAUGUGCAAAAGUUUCGAGAACGUCUUAGCAUUUGAUAACCUGUGGCAUAGAUUUACGAUUCAGUUCAUCGUUUGCUCUGUGUUUGUGAAUAUUGAUGGGUUUCUGGCUAACUCGAUUAAUUUUGGAACCAGUUGUUCAAGUUUCAAACUGAAAACCGUUUAUGUGCAAGCAGAUUCAAGUUUUACAUUAUCUCAACUUAACUUAUGGCACGGACAAAAAGAUAUGACAAGCGAAGUUCACUGUUUUUCUCAUCAAUUUGGAGAUCUGUUACGAUGGCAAGAUUUCGACGGAUCGAUUGUUGAUGGGGCUUUUAUUGAUAUACCUAGCCAGUGUGACGAUAUUGACAAUUGUAUGUCAAAACCCUGUCUCCAUGGCGAAUGCAGCGACAGAUUAAAUGGUUAUGAUUGCACUUGCGAUGUCGGCUUUACCAGUCAAAGGUGUGAUGUCAACAUUGACGACUGUACAGCAAAUGUCUGUAUGAAUGGCGCUACAUGUGUUGAUGAAGUGGCCUCCUACAAUUGCAGUUGUGUGGAAAAUUAUACCGGAAAGUAUUGUGAAAUAGAAAAAAAACAUGGCCAAUGGAGUGUUUGGGGGAAUUGGUCGGAAUGUACAACUACUUGUGGCCGUGGCCAAAUGUCACGAAAACGUCUUUGUACCAAUCCGACACCGAGUAACGGUGGGGACGAUUGCGCAGGCCUCUCAGAAGACUUUCAACCGUGCAAUAACACAGACUGUCCAGAUUGUCCAGCACUCGUGGUGCCAGGAAAUGGAACAGCUGAAUGUAAGCAAGUCAAUGGAACAUUUAACUGCAGUAUAUAUUGCGAUGAAGGCUUUGAAUUUGACAUGGAACCUCUUCACAAUUAUUAUUGCGGACCUGAAACGGCUCAUGUUUGGAAUUUUGACACUUUCUCAAAUCCGCUACGAAAACUUCCAAGCUGCAAAGAAACAGUUGUUCCCAAGUCACUUUCCGUUAGGUACUCUGCGAAGUACAAAGAUCUUGUAUGCUCUUCGCAGCAUUUGGCAUUACAAACAAACACCAAAAUACUUUCAAAGGCUAGGACCGUUGUUGAGAGUAUUUCAGUAAUUGAAACAAAUGCGUGUACAUUAAACGAAUUAACAGUGACGGACUGUGAUGACAAUUCCCGGAUGAAACGUUCAACUGAAUUUGCUGGAUUUAGAAUGACUAUAAGCACAAACCCACAAAACGGUGACAUCACAAAAGGCGCAGGAGAUUUAGAAACAGCUUUCAACGCAGUAAUGGGUGCUAUACAAAAUGGGAAUUUCACUGUUCAUGUUCUUGAAGACAGUUAUGAAUUAGACCAAAACCAGACUGAGGCUUCAGGGGAAGCCGAUUGUGAGCCGGGAUUUACUCGUGUCGGCUAUUUUUGUGUUCCCUGCGGUAGCGGUACGUAUUUUAACGUUGAUUACUGCGAACUCUGUCCUGUUGGCACAUACCAGGAAAAGGAGAGACAAACAUCAUGCAGUUUAUGUCCUGAUGGAAAAUCAACACUUGGCGAAGGAUCUGCGUCCAUUGAAGAGUGUUCGGUUUUUAAAGAAGUCGAACCCGAAAGACUGGAAGUGACCGGGAUAGCUGUUGGAUGUGGAGUAAGCCUAUUUGUUCUUGUAGGCGUUGUACUCGCAUUCAUUCGUUAUAGAUCAUCGAGGACCAAUGAAUACAAUGUCAGCAAACCCAGUCCAACGAAAAGACAACAGGCAUACGACAUACCUUGUCCAGUAAAGUCAAUGUUUAAGAAACGCAAAGGACGAUUUGAUAUUAACUAAUGGGUGACAAUAACAUAAAUCGUCACUAGCAAUAUAUCUUGUUUUGUAUGCAUAGUUUGGACCUUGGAGAAUUUUAAUGACAUGGUGUGUUAUAUGAAACAUAGACAUUCAUAUGACGUUGAAUUGUUGCUUAUUUUAUGACUAUUUAGCAUGUCUCAUAUAUAUUUGUAGUCUAAAUGUAGUCUCUAAAAACAGGACUUAUCUUUAGAACAAUUUCAAAAUUAAAGCAAAAUAUCAUAUAUUUUACAAGUGAAUCUAAAUCUUUUAAUACAUCGUACAUUAUGUCUUAAAGAAAUGAAUAAUGUAUUUGUUGUUGAAAAUCAGACCCACUUUGUUAUCGACUGCCUAUAAUGAUGAAUUAAGGACAGUUGUGUUUAAAGGAUUAUAAUGUAUAUGGUGCUUGUAUUUGUAUUUGUUGAUUCUAUGCGAUUGAGUAUCUAAUGUAUUGUUGAUUGCGUCCUUUCCGCCUCAUAACAUGAUUUGUUUAAUAUUCGACUACUUGGCUUGUCCCUGUAGUUUUUAUUGUAAUAUUUAAUUAAUGAUGUUGUUCGUACAUGUUUUUACUUUAUGUAUUGCUUCAUUACCUAUGUAAAGGUCUUCAAGUGCCUCGGUUUGAUAAGGAAAUGACAAAUGAGAAGAACAUGAACGUUCGUAUUUGGCUAUUAUUGAAACCAGACUGUAACAUGGUUUAAUCAGCGUUUUAAAAUUGCACAUGCAGGUUUUCUGUGGUUUUGUGAAACGUGACUAUUCUAAAGCUUUUCACGUUAGCAACACAUAGUAGUUUAGUUUAGUGUUGGUGUGUUGACCGAUUAUUUUUGAAUUUUUGCUGUUAAAAAUAUCUCCGGGUAAAUAGUGUAUUGUAAAGGAAUAUUAUCCUUAUAUUGCCAUGUUCUAUAACAUGUAAAAAAUAACAUGAUUGGUACAUUAUUAAAACAAACGUUUACGUUAAAGCAUUUGCCGUCCCAGUUUAAUAGUCAAUUGAUCUUUGAAGUUCCCACAUAAACUGCUGAGUGUUCCAAAUGAAACUUAGAAACGAUGGACAGUGUUUUUAAACAUCUUAAUUUGUAAAAUUAAGUACAGACAAACAAUGUUGUGUGGUUUCUGAUAUUCAACUUAAGCCAGUCUUAUGGUCAUACAUCAGUGACUCCAUUAAUUGUAAUAAAUCAGUUACUUAUAUCGAGCAAUCCGAUUAGCUACAUCGUUCCUAGAUCGAAAUAAGACCAGUAUUGAAUUCCACACCAGAGCAUUCUUACAUUGUUGAAAUAUUUAAGCCUGUCAUUUGAGUAUCUGGUAUUAAUUUGUUUGCAUAAUAUUUACAACGCAUGGCAUGUAUAUACUUUUUCGAGCAACAAUAUCAAUUGUAUAUCAAACAUAUAAAAUAAAUAUUAUUCUUUGAA